UGCCAUUAUUCUUCGACAAGCAGCAGCUAGAGCGCUUGAGUUGGUGCCAGGCUGUGGAAAGCAGAGAAAGAAGGGGGGGGGGUGAGAGAGUAGUGAAACGUGUUCUUUGUGCCAGGGGUUUGGCCCAGUCUCCAUCAGCAAAGCGCAACACUAACUGCCCAGUCGGCUCUGUUCAGAGCAGCUUCAGAGCCAUGACAACUCAAAGGGAUGUCGAUAUUGUGAACCUGCGUCUUAUCCUGGUCAGUGGGAAGACACAAGACUUCAUCUUCUCCCCCAACGACUCGGCCAUGGACAUCGCCAAGCACGUCUUUGAUAACUGGCCCUUGGGAUGGGAGGAGGAGCAGGUGAGCAGCGCCAGCAUCCUACGCCUCAUCUUCCAGGGACGCUUCCUGCAUGGCAACGUCACCCUGGGAGCUUUAAAGCUGCCCCCUGGCCGAACAACUGUCAUGCACUUGGUUGCCAGAGAGACCCUGCCAGAGCCUAACUCCCAUGGUCAGCGUAACCGGGAGAAGACCGCGGAGAGCAACUGCUGUCUGCUCUUGUAAAGACGACAACAAACAACAAUCCUCCCCUUAACCCUCCCCCACGUUCACCCCUGCUCGGCUUCUGUCUGCCCGUCAACCAUGGAUUUGGAGAGAUCACAGGGAGAUGGGUCACAGAGCUGUCAGCCUGCUGUCUGGCACAUGUUUGUGGCACUCUGACCCAAUCGGUGGCUUUGGAAUUAUUUGUAGUUUUAUUUUAUUUUUUUUAUUUUUUUCGUACCCAUUUAUUCAGAUCAAUUUUCUUUUUUCACCCUUUUGCCAGAUUCUGCCUUUUUUCUUCUGUGUUGUAAAACCAUGUUAAGAAUUUGUACAUAUAAUCUCCGUGGUUACCCAGGAUGAGCUAGCUGGGUGGCCAUACAGGUUUUGAAGACCUCCCACAGAAAUACUGUCAAACUAUGACUUCGGAACAUUGACCCGUACUGUGGCGUUGGUCAUUUGCAUUGACUCCAAGUAUCUUUCUGCUAAUGAAAUGGAAGUUCCCAUGGCUCUUAUAGAACGGUGUUAAAACCUCUCAUUGCACUUAACUGGGUUGUUUAUUUGAAAGUGUUUCUUGUAGGUUUUUUUUGUAUCGUCUUAAUCUUCCCAUCUUACAGAGGAAGAGAGAAUAAUGUCCUACUGUUAGACAAAGUGCCAUCCUCCUCACCCGAUGUAGACCGUGCACAGUACAGUAGUUGACUCCUACUAGCAGGGUGUGUGUAGUCUGCCAUAGCACCAGUGGAGUGGUGUGUAUCUCUGUGACAUGGGCCACACUCGUGUUUGUUCCUGGACUUGGACCAACAGAGGAAGAGUUCAAAGUUGUGCCACACACCUGUGUGUGUGUGGCAUUGUCACGUGUUUGAUCACCUCGACGGUGAAUGAUGAACUGGUCUAGCUAGAAGAAUCUAAACUAACUCCUACACGUUCUCCCCCUGGUUGUGAAGCCCUGCUUUUUCCCUUCUUUUUUAACUGAGUGAAAAGUAUUGAAGGAUUGCUUCUGCGUGACCAUUGUCAUUCUGUAUGGCUUCCACCUCUGAUCAACAUGACCAUUUAGACUACAUCCCGUCCCAUGGGACAGCCCCCUCGCCACUCCCCGUCCGACCUGAGUGAGGAAUAAGGGAAUCGACACCAGGAGCCAAUCAACAGAGAGGUGUUGGUAGUUGGAGGGCUUCAUGGCCAGCUACAGGGCAUUAGGGCUAGAGGCAUGAGAGGGAGCAAUUCCUUGGAGAGGGUUCCCCUCUGGAAAAUAGGAGGAGAUGAUGAUGAUGGUAUUUGACCUCCUUUUUGUUUGGAUGCUGUCUGUUUUUGUUUGCCUUUUUGAUUGUGGAAUUAUUCAGUAAUAUCAUUAAUAUUGCAAUUGGAAAAUGUCAAUUUUUAUCUUGUAUUGAUAUUGUUUGUCCAGUUGCUGAUGUCUGACUCCUGUUAAUUGAAUGCUUUUUGUCCCAGGGGUUAGUGUGUGUGGGAAUUGCGUAUUAUUUUUACAUGACUGUUGUAUGUGUGAGUGGAUGGGUUGGGGAAAUGACUGAGUGUAUGGAGACAGUUUGUGUAUUUGAGUAAUGGGUGUGUGUUUGCGAAAACCUAAAAACGGUGUGUUUUGUGUGUGUGAGCACUGGAGGUUAGUGAUGCAGGUGGUGGAGGAUAGAUUGGUGUUGGGUGGCUGUGGUUUCCAUGGAAACAGUGUGAAUCCUUCCUUUUAGUGAGUGUCCUUUGGUUAGUGUCCGUCAACCAAUGUCACUGCUAUGAAAUGUAGCUCAAUAUGAAUAAAUGUUUAAAAAAAUAAUACUAAUGAAA